UAAUCAGAGACUCAUGAGAGGAAACAGCAGACAGAAUACACACCAGACAAUAAGUAUGAAGUUUAACACAGCUUUGAGUUUUGUUGGAAUCAUACUUCUCAACAUAGAAGGUUCUCUCUGCCAGUUAGAUAUAUGUGGUCAAGCCCCCCUCAACAACAAAAUUGUUGGAGGGCAGGCUGCAACAGCAGGGUCUUGGCCGUGGCAAGUCAGCAUUAGCCGCUAUGGAAGCCAUUUCUGUGGUGGGAGUCUAAUCAAUAAAGACUGGGUUUUAUCUGCAGCUCACUGCUUCCAGGAUUCCAUUGAUACAAGUACCAUUGAUAUCUACCUGGGACGUCAGAGCCAAUCAGGCUCAAACCCUUAUGAGGCAUACAGGACAGCCAGGAAAGUCAUAAAUCACCCUAACUAUGACGGUCCUAGUAAAGACAACGACAUAGCACUGGUGGAGCUCUCCUCUUCUGUGAAUUUCACUGAUUACAUUAAGCCAGUCUGUCUGGCGGCUGCUGGUAGUGUAUUUGCUGGAGGCACAGAGAGCUGGGUGACUGGAUGGGGAACGCUACUGUUUGGAGGAGAGCCUUCAGACACACUGCAGGAGGUGAUGAUACCAAUUGUGAACAACAGUGCCUGUUAUAAUGCUUAUGGAAGGGGCAUCACGAACAACAUGAUUUGUGCUGGAUUGUUAAAUGAGGGAGGAAAAGAUUCAUGUCAGGGAGACUCUGGAGGUCCAAUGGUCAGUAGGAUCAGAUCCCUGUGGAUUCAGUCUGGCAUUGUGAGUUUUGGUGAAGGAUGUGCUGAGUCGAAAUAUCCCGGUGUGUAUGCCAGAGUUUCUCAGUUCCAGGACUGGAUCAACUUUUACAUGGACAGCAACCCACCUGGAUUUGUCGAAUUCAACUCCAAUGGCUUCAGAAGCUCACCCAACCUCCUUUUAUUCUCCAUUUUGCUCACAUUCUCCUUAAUUCCUUUCAUGCACCAUCUCUCUUUGUUGAGAAUGUUUGAAUGACCGUUCUCAGGGUUCUUUGAUAAAGAGGACAAUAGAAUUGGACAGGUUUUCAUAAAUAUGGGGAGUAGUAAAUCGUUAUAUUGUCAUUUAUUCUCUUUUUGUAUUUUAUUUGUAUUUACUAGUCUUGGAAAGCUACUCUUAUUAUUGAGUUUUUACUUCUAACUAUUGCACACUAAUGAGGUUCAGCGAGCUUUUGCCCUCAGAAUGUUUGCAUAAUGAGGCUGGAGAUUAAAUGUGAGACAUAAAUGAUGUUUGCAAAUAUAAUUCAUACCUGAUUAUUGUCCUCACUUUGGGUCAGAACUGAUAUUUUGCUAUCUCCUGUGUGUUUCUGGUUUGAUUUAUAUUAAAGGCUUCAUUAGUGAUA